AGAUAAAUACUAAAAAAAAAAAAAAAAAAAAAAAAUCCCAUAUAGCCAACCAAUCAAUCGCUCUGUCAGCUGCUGCCAUUCAUGAGCAACUGAAUGAGGUUUUCUCCUCCGUCUCACAUCAUCAUCAUCAUCACCACCACCAUCAUCGUCGUCAGUGCUGGUCACGUGGUGCGCAGGGAGCGGGCGGUGGGUGUGUCUAAUCGCGUGUGGUUUCAUUCAUAACUACAGUCUUCAUUUGAAGCCCAAAUUAAAGUAUGCAGACGGAGCAGCAGGCUGCCGGUGGACCGGACCGCCGCUUCUCACCGAGUCUACAGCCGGGCUGAGAGCAGACGACGCAGAGAUGAUGCUGGACAGCUCUGAUCGGCGGGUUUUCGGAGGAGAGAGGAAGAUGCUGCUGCUGAUGCUGAUGAGGCUGCUGCUGCUGAGCAACGCCGGCUGCAGCGGGUCGCUGUAGAGGAAGAAGCUGCUCCAACACCUCAACGCCUCUAUAGACCGGUUAACACACGCUGACCUGGACCAUGAGCAAUGAUUUGCCUGUUCUGACAAGUCUGACUGAGAACUCCACUGAUGUGCCUGUGUCGGCGGGCCACGUGGACAACUAUGUGUUGCUGUUGGUGCUGCUGAGUGCUUUUGCCGGGGGGACGCUGGUCCUGCUCUCCCUGCUGCUCCUCUUCUGUCACCGCUGCUGCAUGGGUGGACGACGCUACUCCAGAGCGAGCGAUGACCCCGAGAAGACAAACACCACUUAUGCUGAGGAUUCUCAGCCCACCCAAGAGAUCACCAUUCAUCUGGAUGACUCAGACGCUUUCUCCGCUACGAGCUGUCACGAUGGAGAGUCAGAACGAUUCGUCUCCACCGGGUCUACUGGCCGCAGAGUCUCCUUUAAUGAAUCGGCGCUUUACGAACAGGAGAAGGCGACUCAAGACAAAGGACGCAGGUACACUCUGACGGAGGGAGACUUCCACCACCUGAAAAAGGCCCGGCUGACCCACCUUCACCUGCCUCCCGCCCCGUGUGACCUGAAGAUCCUCACCAUCAUGGAGUGUGACUCAACGGAGAGCAGCACCGUCAACAUCAAUGAAGCUGCGGCGCCCAAACUGCCCCUCACCAUCUACCAGCCCACUGAGAGAAGAGUCCCUGACUGGCUGGCACAGAGCCUCAGCGGAGGUCUGCCUGGAGACCCCCAUCACUCCACCAUCCUGGACCAGGGCCUCAGACAGGCAUCAUCAGCCAUAAAUGCACAGCACACAAGGUCCCAGACAAUGGAGGCUAUCGGGGACAGGGGAGAAGCUGAGAGCGAAAGGGGGAUGAGAGGAGAGUUGACUCAAGCUCCGGGCCAGACUUCAGUUCUACAUUUCUUCUCUAAACUGCGGCGCCAUGCCAGCCUGGAGGGGGCAGGGCCUUACUUCAGGAGGUGGAAGUUUGACAGCAGUCACCGGGCUGCCAGCCUGGAUGCCAAAGGAUCCCCCAAGAGAAGGCCCUUCCAGAGACAGAGAGCAGCGAGUGAAACCACCGAUCACACCGAAGACGACUCUUCGUCUCUCCGAGAUGAGGUCAUUGACUCUUUCCCACAGUCCCCUAUCCAGACCAGCGGCCUCCAGUCCCUCUCUGCAGAGUCUCUGUCUCACCCCGACACAGCACCCACAUCCUCAGUCUUCCUCAGCAGGUUAAAGCUAGAGGCCAUGGUGGAGGUAGGUGGUUGCAAUGGCGCCAGAAGAGAGGAUCUCUGUUCGCCAACAAAUGAUUGUCGCAACCAGAGGCAAGAGGAGGCCACGGCCAACGGGACGGGAGAAGAAAUAGAAACACAGUUCGGCGCAGUUAUAAGAACAGAAGCAGCGGGAGUCGAGCCGGAUUUGAUAGAAGAUGACGAGUUGUUCGAGGCACAACAAGGAGCUUCUGUGCAGGAAAGCUUUGAAGACAUGUGGAGGACAACUAAAGAUACAAAGACAUCAGACGUGAGGAAAAACAGUGAGGCAGAUGACGGAGACGAGGUGGUGUUGGGAGCCGAAGCCAGACGAAGGGCCGACUCAGGCUCAUCCCCCUCCUUCAUGAUUCGCCGGGAGAGCUUGGAGGCGCCCCCCUCCCUUUACAGAGACAUUUGGAGCUUGCGAGCCUCUCUGGAGCAAUACGCCUCAUCCGACCAGAGCAGCACAGAUCGGGAGUCGAACCGCAGCGAUGCCGACAGCGUCUCAUCCCUCGGUGGUACAGGAGCUCGCUCAGGCCUGGACAGCUGCUUGUCCCAAGACCUGGACGACGAGCCAGAGGGAGAAGGGGAGGGAGAGAUGUUGGAGGGAGGAAUCAGAGGGGCGUCAGGCGGGGACAGUGAGGCGGGAAGUGGAGCCGGGGGAGAAGGAGAGGUAGGGAACCGUAAACUCCUCCAGAUGGACAGCGGCUACGCCUCCAUUGAAGCGCCGUCCAGGCACCCUGAGGAAAUGCGGCUUUUUGGGCCUCCUGGAGCUCCAAGAGGGAAGUCGGCGUCUGAGAGAAGAUUGUUCUUCACCAACUCUGGGAGAAAAGGUUCGGUGUGCGAGAGCAUCGAGGCCAAGCUGUUCCAGGAGGAGCUGGAGGACGAGAUGACCGACACCACAGAGACGGAGGAGAAAUCAAAGGAGAGAUCUCAAACCGGCAGCCAGUCUCUCACCCUUCAAGAACCAUAUCAGCUUCUGAAAUCCCAUCAUCCUCAGAAAGCUGCAGAAUCCCAGCUGAUGUCUCCGCUGACGAAGCCAAUCCCACAGCAAUCUAGUCCCCACAAACCCCGUCUCCGCCGCCGCGACUACAGCAUCGACGAGAAGACGGACGCCCUUUUCAACGAGUUCCUCCGUCACGAUCCGCGGUUCGACCAGCCGGAUUCUCCGCUGCGCUCCAGGCACCGAUCCAGAGUUCACCUCCGGAAGCAGUGGCAGAGACACAAGCAAUACAGCGACCCGGGUUCAGGCGCCGGGGGUCGGUACUCGCCAUCUCUGGAGAGGCAGAGGUUCACUCCGCUGCGGAGAGGCGACAGCGCCGGUUACCCUCUGGACACCAGGUAUCACAGCACGCUCUCGCGCAUUGCGAGCGCCGCCGACGAAGAAGCCAGCGAGGUUGCGGCUUGCGAGGAUGCAGCCAAAGACGGCGCAGAGAACAAAGAUCCGUCAAGCGGAGGAACCGCGGAAGACGCCACAGGAAGUACAACCUCUGAGGGUACCGACGCGACUAAGAGUUGUGAGGGUGACGGCUGCCAGGUCUCUACAGAAAGCACAACUAGCCCGACCACGGUGACGACGCAGACGAGCCACAUGGAUCCGAGAGUCAACAACAGAAACAACAACAGCAGUCAAGCUAUUCUAUCCGAGAGCAGCCUGACAGACAAGAUGGUCAUGUCGGUGGAAGACAGGCUCUACGGCGGCCUGCGCAGUGCAGAGAAGCUCGGCCUGGGAGGAACAGAGCGCGUGCUCACCGUGUCUCGCACAGCCGCACCUGGCUUCAGUCCCAUAUAGCCUGUUCAAAAUACCAUCUUCUUCAUCAACUUUAUUUCAGAUCCAUUAUCUAUAGAUGGCAGACUUGAACAAAAGGCACUUCAUCAUGCGUCCCUUACCGUAACUGAUGCAUCAAAACACAGAUAUAGAAGAAGUCUCUUCCGGCGUUUCCAUUCUAAUUUCCACUGUGACGCCAUGUGACACGUGAUGCCCCUUCUUUUUUUUUUAUUAUUAUUUAUUGGUAACCAUUCCUAAAAUCAAAUGCACUCAUUACAUAGCUUUGAAAAUAUAGACCCAUCUUUAGAAAAAUUAAAUAUUUUCAGACUUAACUGUGAAUUUUCAGCAUGCUACUACUGUAUGUCCAAAACAAUGUUUAUGUUAAUACUGUACAGUUUGAACUUUAAAAACAAAAAGCACU